GUCAAUGGCAGUUUAGGUCCCAGUUGUUGUCCUUAACUUCCAGGGGCACGGGAGUCCAUGGAAUGCACGUUCAGGAUAAAUGGUUCAUCGUCGUCUUCGAUCACAAACGAGGGCGUGAAAGCGAAAAGAGUAGUUCAAGGCGGUGAGCGUUGCCGGAAAAAAAAAUAAAAAAACCCGUAGCUACUUUGUAUCUAUUCCUGUAUAGAGUGGAGUGAAGCCAGCUCUUCUCUUCUAUACGAUUAGAUUCGAUUCUUCUUUCUUGUUUCUGCUUCUGUGAGGAGCUCUCCUCAAUGGCGAUUCAGGCGUGCGCACUUGGCCUCGGAUCUGACUUCUACGACUGGAGGUGGGGUAGGCUUGCAGUUUGCCUGCAACCCGUCUCUGCAGGACGAAUGCUCCGGGUAUGUUGCAAGAUGCGAAAUCGGAAUACUGGCAGUUCACUUCAUAAGAGGCAUCAAAAUAAAAAAGCAUCCGAGCGAUUGACAUUGAAUACAAAUCUUCAAUCCCAGAGUGAUGAAAGCAAAGAAGUUAACAGUUCAAGUUCAGAAGAUCUUAUGAGUCCUUUUCAAGAUAAGCUUUCAGAUGCUGAUCCUAUUGAAGAUUUACCUACGAUGGCUGAUGACAUAAGAUCUUCUACAGGAGAGAAAAGUAUAUUUAUAGAAAAUGCUGAUGGUGUACAGCGGCUUCCAACUGAUCAACUUGAAGAUUUGACUGAAAUGAUAAAACAUGCUGAGAAAAAUGUUCUACUUCUCAAUCAAGCCCGAAUUGGUGCACUUAAAGAAUUAGAUCGCAUUCUUUCUGAGAAGGAGGCUUUGCAAGCUGAAAUCAACGUUCUAGAGUUGAAACUGGAUGAAACUGAUUCAAGGCUUAAAGUUACUACCCAGGAAAAGAUACGUGUGGAGUUUCUUGAAAAAGAGCUUGGGAGGCUGAAGAAUGAGAUAUACUCAAAGGAUAAAUUUGAUGGUAAAGUGUUGACUUCAGACUCUAUUUCACAAGAUGCCAUUGAUAUUGCUUUUGUUGAGGAGCUUAAUGCCUUGAGGGUAGAGAAUGGUUUGUUAAAGGACGAUAUAAAAGCUCUGAAUGAGAAGCUUAUUGAUGUUUCUGGAAAGGAAGAAUGUAUUUCAAUGCUGGAGAAAGAACGGUCUUUGUUGGAGAGUUCAGUUGGAGAGUUGAAAUCUGAACUGGAAGCUUCCCGGAUUGAUAUUUCAGCGCUUUCUUCUUUUAAAUCUGAAUGCAAAGCCCUAUGGGAUAAAGUAGAAAAUUUGCAAGCUUUACUUGGUGCUACAGCUGAACGAUCAAAGCAAGCUGCCACUCUUUUUGAACAAAAUCUUGAGCUCCAAGCAAAAGUUGAUAAACUUGAAGCAUCUUUGAAAGAGUCUAAUGCGAAUAAAUUACCAGAUAAGUCUCAAAAAUACGAUGAACUUUUGCUGCAGAAAAUUGAAAUGCUGGAAGAACGUCUUCAAGCAGCUGAUCAGGAAAUUCUUUCCCAUACUAUAUUGUAUCAGAAAUCACUGGAAGAAUUUCAACAAUCAAUUGAAAGGUUGAAAGAAUGCAACCAGAAAGAACUAGGAGAGCAUUUUGAUGAUAUGCCUUGGGAAUUUUGGAGUCGCCUAUUGCUUAUGGUUGAUGGUUGGUUGAUUGAAAAAAAAAUAUCCUCAAGUGAUGGAAAAUUGUUGAGGGAAAUGGUGUGGAAGAAGGAUCGUCAAAUUUGUGAGGCCUACUUGGCUUGUAAUGGGAAGCAUGAGCAUGAAGCUAUUGUUACAUUCCUCAAACUGACACAGCCUCAAACAAGUCAAGGACUGCAUAUUGUUCAUAUCGCAGCUGAGAUCGCACCAGUUGCAAAGGUUGGAGGUCUUGGAGAUGUUGUGUUAGGAUUAAGCAAAGCAUUACAAAGGAAGGGCCAUCUUGUUGAAAUUGUUCUUCCUAAAUAUGAUUGCCUGCAGGAAGACCAGAUUAUUGAGCUGAAGGCCCUAGAUGUGACAGUAGAAUCCUUUUUUGAUGGGCAGCUAUUCAAAAAUAGAAUUUGGGUCGGGAUUGUUGAAGGUCUUCCUGUCUAUUUCAUAGAGCCUCAUCAUCCAUCAAAAUUCUUCUGGAGAGGGGAAUUCUAUGGAGAGCAUGAUGAUUUUAAACGUUUUUCAUUCUUCAGCCGAGCUGCACUUGAAUUGCUUUAUCAGGCUGGGAAGAAACCUGAUAUAAUCCACUGCCAUGACUGGCAAACAGCUUUUGUUGCACCUCUUUAUUGGGAUAUCUAUGCAGCUAAAGGGUUUAAUUCUUCUCGAAUCUGCUUUACAUGUCACAACUUCGAAUAUCAAGGCACGGCCCAUUUUUCAGAGUUGUCAUCUUGCGGUCUUGAUAUUCAACGACUAAAUAGACCAGAUAGGAUGCAAGAUAAUUCAGCCCCUGACAGAAUUAAUCCUCUUAAGGGUGCAAUAGUCUUCUCAAACAUUGUUACAACAGUAUCCCCCACGUAUGCGCAAGAGGUGUGCACUCCCGAGGGUGGGCGGGGCCUCCAUGGAACUUUACGUCUGCAUUCAAAGAAAUUUGUUGGAGUACUUAAUGGAAUUGAUACAGAUUCUUGGAAUCCUUCUACUGAUAUAAUUCUUCCAGUCCAGUACAGUGCUGAUGAUCUUCAGGGUAAAGCAGAGAACAAACGUGCACUGAGAACACAACUGGAGCUAUCUGCAGCUGAUGCUUUUCAACCACUGGUUUGUUGUAUUACACGACUUGUGCCCCAAAAAGGCGUGCAUCUUAUCAGGCAUGCGAUAUAUCAGACAGUGGAGCUUGGAGGACAAUUCGUUCUGCUCGGGUCCAGUCCUGUUGCACACAUUCAAAGGGACUUCGAGGGUAUAGCGAGCCAUUUCAAGAACCAUCCUCACGUUCGGUUACUACUAAAAUAUGAUGAUGCUCUUUCGCACAUGAUAUAUGCAGCAUCUGACAUGUUCAUUAUUCCAUCGCUGUUCGAACCUUGUGGGCUUACUCAGAUGAUAGCUAUGAGAUAUGGUUCAGUGCCCAUUGUGAGAAGAACUGGAGGGCUUAACGAUAGUGUCUUUGAUGUUGACGAUGAUACAAUUCCAGUACAAUAUCGCAAUGGAUUUACAUUUCUGUCGCCAAAUGAGCAAGAUUUAAACAAUGUCAUGGAGCGGGCAUUCAAGUACUACCAAAAAAGUCCAGAAAAUUGGCAGAAGCUCGUUCAAAGGAUUAUGAGACUGGAUUUCAGCUGGGAGUCUUCGGCCCAGCAAUAUGAGGAAUUAUAUGAGAAAACUGUGACCAGAGCAAGAGCAGCAGCAAAUGUUUAAACUCCUCUUUGCUUCUUUAAUGAUCACAUGAAAGCAGAUUGGGGACAUUCAUUUUUAAGCCUCAAUGAAAAGUUGAGAUACACUAAGCUGACAUAUUUGGAUUUGAAUUUAUGAAGACUUCUGUCGUUAAGGAGAAAGCAGAAUUUUAGGUUUAUACUUAUACAAGUGCUGGAACUUCCUUUCAAAAGGGAAAGGGAAAAGAACUUCUUACUGAUUCGUGGAAGAUCAUUGGAGACUCAACGCGAAAAGGUGUAAUUCUGCGCUCUGAAUGCUAGAUGGCUUGCAAACCUGGGAUGCAGGUGCAGCUUAUGUGAGGUUUGAGGUAUUAUUCUGGGCCUAUUUUAUCUGUGUUGAUUGAUCUAUAAUUUAUUGUAAACUGUCAAUCUCCAAAAUCUAAUGGUUCAGAGUUUGUAAAUAGUAGAUGGUUUCCUGAUAAAAUAACAUAGUUUGAGUAAUCUAUGAGAUGCUCAGAUAGUCUUCCAGCUAGUAAGGCUAUAAACUUGUUGAAUGAAAUUUAGGUUCUUCA